CGAUGCUCUGGCGUUGAUCUUCGCCGAUCUUCACGUGCUAUCCGAGCUCUUUCCUGUCGCCUGUCGCCUGUCACCUCUAUUUUUUUUUACUUCGGCUGUGUUUUUUAUUGGUUUCCAUUGUGAAGUGAAAUUGAUUGAGUGCACCAUACACAUUAAUGCAAAACAUUUAUGUUGGCGUUAUUUCCUUGUUUUUCCCACCCAUUUUGCCUCAAUUGUUGACAAUUGUGAUGGAAGUGGACUGCAGAAAUAUGGAAAAUUUUCAAAUGACAUGCCACAAAAGUAUGUGAACGGCUUGCAAAACACUAAUUAAUACUCAAUGACCAUAAAAAACAACAGCAAUCUGUGUAAUUGAUGGCUUUGCUGCCAUGGCCAAAACAAAAUUAGCAGCAAAUAUAUAGACGGCGAAAAACAGCAAACAAACUCGAUUAUUCCAGUGGGCGUGGCCGUGGGCGUGUGUGUGUGUGUUUUGGCUGCUGACAAAAGUGCAAUUGCAAUUGGAAUCGGAUUCGAACGGAAAAUCGGGUGAACGCAAACCGAUACGGGCCAAACUCAAGUGGCCAGGACAGGCGGAGGCGGUGGCGGCUGAGGAGGCGUGGUGGCAGUCAUGACAAUGUCCUCGACGUCGACUGCGACUGUGACUGCGACGUCGACGGCGACUGCGACGCUGGCCGAGGCGAACGCAACUGUUGGCGAAAUGUUUUCGGAUGCGGAUAUGGCGGAAGUGCGGCAUGUUGUCCAACGCAUUUUGGUGCCGUGCGUUUUUGUUAUUGGACUAUUGGGAAAUUCAGUGAGCAUUUAUGUUUUGACGCGCAAGCGCAUGAGAUGCACCACAAACAUAUAUCUAACGGCGCUGGCCAUCACGGACAUCGCCUACCUGACCUGCCAGUUGAUCCUGUCCCUGCAGCACUACGACUAUCCCAAGUACCACUUCAAGCUGUACUGGCAGCUCUACGGCUACUUCGUCUGGCUGUGCGACAGUUUCGGUUACAUCUCAAUUUACAUAGCCGUGUGCUUCACCAUCGAGCGAUUCAUUGCGAUACGCUACCCGCUCAAGAGGCAAACAUUCUGCACGGAGUCGCUGGCCAAAAAGGUGAUAGCAGCCGUGGCCAUCUUCUGUUUGCUGUCCACACUCUCGACGGCAUUCGAGCACACAAUUACGAUAGGUACGCGGCAGAUUGAUGACGCCUACCGGCCGUGCAACCAAACGGUGGCCAACAUCUCGCCCACGCCGCCGCCCCCUGCGGCAGCCACGCCCCCACUGGCCACGCCCCCGCUGCCCACGCCGGCGACCGUUUGGCAAUCGCAGGACUCCACCACGGAGUCUAAUCUGCUCGUCGACUGGGGAAGCGGCGGUGGCAGUGGUGAUGGAGAGCCAGAGAACAUUCCACGACAUCGCCGUCAGCGGCAGUCGUCUGGAUUUGUGACGCUGCCCACACUGAGAAAAACGCUGGAGCUGGAGGAGCAGGACCAGGAGCAGGAGCAGGACCAGCAGGGGUCAGGGGUCACGGAGAGUUUGCUGCAGCGUCGCCAGCGCAGCGCUGAGAGCCACAACAUCAACAAUACGGAUGCAUUCGCAUUUAAUGUAACGGAAUACUGUCAAAAUGUGACUUUCUACAACCACGGUCUGUCGGAACUGGGCUAUGAUGAGCUGUAUAGCUAUCUGUGGAACCUGUUCACACUGCUGGUCUUCGUGGUCUUCCCCCUGCUGCUGCUGGCCACCUUCAACUCCUUUCUCAUUCUGCUGGUGCAUCGCUCCAAGAAUCUGCGUGGCGACCUGACCAAUGCCAGCAGCAUAAGGCGCACCAAGCGCAAAUCAAGUUCUGGCCUAAAAGGCAGCGUGUCGCAGGAAAAUCGCGUGACGAUCACACUCAUAGCGGUGGUGCUAAUGUUCAUAGUUUGCCAGCUGCCUUGGGCGAUCUAUCUGAUAGUCAAUCAGUACAUGGAAAUCCAAGUUGGCACCCAGGUGGUGGCGGGAAAUGUGUGCAAUCUGCUGGCCUCCCUGCACGCGGCCUCCAACUUCUUUCUAUACUGUGUGCUAUCCGAUAAGUACCGAAAGACGGUGCGAGAACUGAUAACCGGAUAUCGCUAUAGACGUCGACAUGCCCGCAACAAUACGAGUCUCUAUGUGCCGCACACGACGACUACACUGACCCAAAUAAAUGGCGACCAUUAUGGCAGCAAUUACGGCGGAGCCGGAAGUCGUCGCAAUCGCAAUACGGGUCGCCUGAUAGCGUGAACCAUCGUGGAGAUAUCUAUGAAAAUUGUAUAUUUAAUGGUUCAACUCCACGGGAAGAGUGAUGAUAGCACAUGCCACGUAAUUUCUCCGGACGAGCAGAGGGCUUUAAAUUUGCCAGCAAGUCACACGGAAUCACAAGUGACAUGAUUGAAUCAAAAUCAAAAGUGAUUCAAUUCAGGCGUGCGAUUAGCAGAAAAUUUAAUUUGUUACAUCAAUCGAUAUCUAUGUAUAUCUCAAUCUCUCUCUCUCUCUCUCUCUUUAUAUAUAUACAUAUAUAUACUACAUAACAUACAUUGUGCCAUAAUGUGAUGAUUAUAGAUUUAUGCUAGUUAACCUAAACGUAAUUGUUGUCCUAAGUACUAAACGCAUCAAAUCAAAUACACGCAAAUACACACACACAAAUUAACAAAGGCCCAUUGAGAGUUUUGCUA